AUGCAACUGCAAUGGGCAUACAAUCCUCAAAUAAAAAACAACAAACGAAAACAAAGGAAAAAAGAAAUCUUUAAAUAUGAUCAAAUGUCAUCAGAUCUGUGGACAGAAUUCUCAAGCUCAAUCACAACCAAUCUAAAAGAAAAUACAACUGCACAAGAAAUAAAAGAUGCUAGAGGCACUAAUCACAUAGCUAAAAGUUCAGCAAAAGACAAUAUACCAAGCCAGAAAACUAGAAAACAACCUUGCCCACCAAAUCCUACUUCACAAUAUAUGCAAAGCGAUGAAGUUAUUACAGAACCAGAACUAAUACAAAAAGAA